UUACAAUGUGGAUGCGCCAUCGUAUCCCCCCUCGAGCACUGCAAGUCAACAGAGACACGGCUUCAAGUCUGUCUCAGAUUGAAUUUGAAGCAGUGCAUACACCUACCAUCAUCACCGCCUCCAGUGAUAAGCAUGUCUCGUCCGCUAGUCUCAUUGAAAUCGCCUCCUCCCCACCCUCUCAGUAUGUUCCCCUUGGAAUUCCCCGUCAGAAUGUCCCCGCCUGCUCUCGAGCCGGUCAGCGCAUCGAUCACUGUGUCUUUGGGAAGGGACAUGACUUUCGGAUACUGCGACUGUGAGCAGCUGCUCUCAUUCAUCGAUUCAAGCCGGACCACACAAUUUGCAUCCACAUCAUCAGGAUCGUCGUCAUUCACCUUCUCGAUCACCACUGAGUUGGUUGCCAUAAGCGAUAGAACGUUCUGCCCCAUCCAAAAGUUCCGCGGCAGGAGCCGAGCAGGUGUAAUAUUGCGGAUCUCAAUUGUGUGCUCGUCGUCGAGGGCGAUCUCUGUGAUGGGAAUGUCGCCAUCGGCCUUCUCGGUCAUGCGAGACGUAAUUGAGCUGGGUGUCUUGACGUCUGGAAAUGCCCUAAGGUCCAAGAUGUCAGGAUAGAAGCCACUCUCAGCAGAUGAAUUCAGCCAUAAAUCGGGGCUGAAUUCGCUAAUUUCGAGGUGGCUGGUCGUGCCCGGCGUGCGUAAGAAGACAAAGGUGUCACGCGAUACAGAACCAGAUCGCCGUUCUUUGUCAUUGCCUCCAGACAGGUAAUGUCUCCCUCCGGCUGCUUGCAUGUAAUCCGGGUCUGUGCCUCCUUUGAUGGUGCAGCUGACGCAGUCAGAGUGAAAGGACCUCAAGUCGUUGUAAUAGGCUCCUUCUGACGCUUCGAGGCCUUCGAUCCAGAUCUUUGGGACGUGUGUGUGAAUAACGUCCGCAAAAUCCGUUCCGAUCACUUUUGCGAUGGUGCUGUUUGGGUGGAUGAUGAUGCGCUUUCCAUGAUCUGAUGCGGAGGAACAGUCCAGCACCACGACUUGUCCGGGCGGUGGGGACCAGUCCGUAGGGACUGCCGUAGUAGAGACAGCAGCUGUGGUUGGAUUCCCUAAUGAGACACAUAGUCAAAGAGAUGCAAAAGAGCUGCGACACAGACAUUCACUCACCAUCACCUCCAGCUGCAAGCUCUUGCAAAGCUGCCGGCAAGCUCGUCGUAGUCGGCUCUUCCGUAGUGAUAUCAGGAGUGGAGGCGAAAAUCUGAGGUGCGCCAGUAGUCGGUGAGUCCUCAGAUCGAAGCUCGCAGCCUUUCGUGCCAUCCUCAUUGAGGACAAAGUCAGAGAUGUCCUCAAGUUCCAAAGUCUUAUCGAUAAUCAUCAUCACUAGCUCGGAUGCUGAGAGGCAAUUGAGAGACGGAUCAUGCCAGAGGAUUCCGUUGCAUAUUGAUGUGUCAAGACGUACGGAGAGGUGCAAGGCUGAAGUUUGCUUCGGAGAGCUCGUUCGGCAGCACGCUUUUGAUGCAAAGCAAGUUGUCUUCACCGAGCUGCAUCGUGGUGUCUGUGGCAUCUUCAGUCAGAAGAGACUCAACAGCAGACCAUUCGAAGAAAGCGUAGAAGGCAGAGACGCUGAUCACGUCGCCGGAGACAGGCGUCAUGUCCAUGGUUGUGGAAGACGUCGUGUUGCCGCUGCGUCUCAGGUAAAAGGUAUCGGCGUUAGUGUCGUUGCCGCCGAAGAGAACAUUGUGCGGGCCUCCAGAAGGAUAGAGGCUGUCAGCUCCUUCCCCACCAUCGAGUUGACACCGGACGUGAUAUGAUAGCAU